AUGGUUAUUGACAAUGGCACGCCUUUUGUUAACAAGCAUGUGAGCUCAACACUUAGUGGUUACGGUAUCAAGCAUCGUCGCUCUACACCUUAUUACCCGCAAGGAAACGGACAAGCAGAAGCUACCAAUAAAACGAGCAUUCACCUGCCGGAUGCUUUGUGGGCUUACCGCACCUCACCAAGGAGUGCUACAGGUUUUUCACCUUACUCACUUGUGUACGGGUAUGAGGCUAUUUCACCUGUGGAAAUCACCAUUCCAACAGCCAGAAUAGCGGCUGUCAAUGAUCUUGAAUGGGAUGCAGAGACAUGCUCAGAUUGGCGCUUGCUAGAUCUCGAAGCAGUUGAUGAAAGAAGGAUGGAAGCAGAAAGAAGGAUGGCACUCUACCAUAAGACUGUUGCCCAAGCAUAUAACAGAACAGUCAAGCCUCAAGCUUUUAAGCAAGGAGAUCUCGUGCUAAAAGUCGUUGAACAUGUGAGAAGGCAAGUGUCGGGACCUUCCAAGUUUGCUCCACAAUGGGAGGGUCCAUUCGCAGUCAAGGAAGUACACAGCAGCGGUUAUUAUCGCUUGAUCUCUGUCAAGUAA